AUGGCUGACGUUAAGAUUCAAACUCUACCAACCGACUUUAGGGCCAACCAUUAUGAGAUUGAAUUGAGUGAGUUAGAUGCUGAGCACAAUUCAUUUAUCGGAUCCGUGCGUAUUAUUAUGUCCACUGUUAAUGCCAAUGACAUGAUUUCAUUGAAUAUGAGGGACAUUGAGAUCGUUUCUGCGGUGGUUGAACUGAAAGAGGGGUCUGUGUCUUUGGGAAUGAAGGACCAUAGUUUCGAUUUAGAGAACGAUGUUGUUUCCUUGAAAUUUCCGGAGAGUAUAUCUGAUGAUGAAUUCGUGUUGAAGAUCGAUUAUAAGGGUAUGAUUCAGACUAAUAUGUCUGGAUUCUACCGUUCAGAUUAUACUGAUUUUGUUACCGGUGAAAAUAAGGUAAUGUUUUCCACUCAGUUCGAGGCAACGGAUGCUCGCAGAGCAUUCCCAUGUUUCGAUGAACCCUCUUUGAAGGCAACCUUUGACAUAUGCAUUAUCGCGCAUGAGAAAUACACUGUGUUAGCUAAUAUGCCUCUGAAGUGCACGAAGAAAUUGACAGAAUCAGACCAAAUUUCUUAUAGAUUCCAUACUACACCAUUAAUGUCUACUUAUCUAGUGGCAUGGGCCGUGGGAGAAUACGACUACAUUGAAUCUGAGACCGAAAAGAGUAUAUAUCCUACCAUUGAGAACUACAAUACACAGGAUGGCACUUCUUCUGGUUGUGGUAAGCUACCGGUGAAAGUGUACACAGCCAAGGGAAAAGCUCAACAGGGGAAAUUUGCACUUGAUGUAGCCAAGAGAGUCAUUGAUUUCUUCUCUGAAUCUUUUGAAAUUCCAUACCCAUUGCCAAAAUUAGAUUUGCUAUGUGUCGAGACUUAUUCUCAUAAUGCCAUGGAAAACUUUUCGUUGAUCACCUUUAGACCGUCUGCGUUGUUGUACGACGGUAACUUAGAUGAACCUGAUGCUGCUGCUUUACAAAAGAUCGCAUAUGUUGUAUCGCAUGAAAUUGCCCAUCAAUGGUUUGGAAAUCUUGUAACGAUGAAGUGGUGGGAUGAAUUAUGGUUAAAUGAAGGUUUUGCUACCUGGAUCGGAUACUUGGCUGUUGAAAAAUUCUUCCCAGAUUGGGAUGUCCCAUCCAUGAUCAUGUUGCAAUCGCAUGAAGUAGCUCUUGAAUUGGACUCCUUGAAAGAAUCACAUCCUAUAAAAGUAGCGGUUCGUAACGCUAAAGAUAUAGAUCAGGUAUUCGAUUCCAUCUCGUAUUUGAAGGGUUGUUCUAUUCUCGAAAUGGUAAGCGGUUAUUUAGGACAAGAACUCUUUUUGAAAGGUGUUGCUUUAUACUUGAAGAGAAACAAGUUCUCAAACGCAACAAUGGAAGAUUUGUUCAACUGUAUUGGUGAAGUCGCUGAUAUAGAAGUACUGGAACGUUGUAAGAACUGGAUUUUGACUAUUGGAUACCCAUUGGUCACUGUGACAGAGUCUGAAAUUGGUUUGAGUUUGACCCAAAACAGGUUCUUAUCCACUGGUACUUGCAAACCUGAUGAAGAUGUUACAAAGUGGUGGGUGCCUUUGAUGCCACUCCAGGGUGAUUACAAGGUGGACUUUUCAGGAAAGACCACAGAGUUACCAAAGACACAAUUCAACCAUUUCAAUGCCAAUUCAUUUGGCUUUUACCGAGUCAAGUACGAUUCUGAUCAUUUGUUUCAACAACAAUUACAAAAUUUGGAUAAACUUUCAUCAAGAGGCAAGAUGGGCCUAAUCUCUGAUGUUGAAGUAACAGAAUGUGUCAAAAAUCUUCUAACCUUGAUAUCAAAGUUUACCAAUCAUCAGGAUCCUAACGACUACUAUGUAUGGUCAAUUAUCUUCGAUACGUUAAACAGGAUGAAAUCACUUUUAUCCUCUGAUAAAGCAGUGAAAAAGGCGUUGGAUAAUUUCACUCUGGAUUUAAUUCAACCAUCCAUCGAAAAGCUAUUGGAAUUUCUAGACCAGCAGAAAACAAAUUCUUUCAGUAAAAAUCCCGAUAAUUUCCUAAGCAACCAGUUCUUUGAAUUGAUGGCUCUUGGUGCUGGUACUGCCUCUCAUCCUGAAACUGUUGCCAAAUGUAGAGAAAUGUUUGAAUCGAAAUCUUAUUCUCCGGUCUUUAGAAACGUUUUAUUGCAAAUAAUUUUGUCCCAGCCGGACACAACAAAGGAAACACUAAAGACUAUCCUAGAGGAAUUGAAUACAUCAACAUUAGUUUACAAGGAAAGUUUGUUGACGGCCUUGGGUAAGAUUAAAAAUGCGGAAUUAUUCGAUACCGUCCUAAAUCUACUAUUAAUUAUUGAACCUAUGGACGUUCAGUUCCUAGCGACCUCCCUCGGGUCCAAUUACGCUAUCCGGACGAAACUCUGGAACUUUAUCAAAACCAAUUACGUCAAAUUGCAUGAGAGAUUAGCGAUUAACACAGUUGUUAUCGAUAGGUUUUUGAGAUUUUCAAUGAAAGAUUUGAUGGGCGAAGAUGUCAAGACAGAUUAUGAACUGUUCUUCGCUGAUAAGAACAUGGAAGGUUUCGACAGAGGUGUUAGACAAACGUUGGAAAGAAUUGAGAAAAACACCAGGUACUUCGAAACAAACUUAUCCUUGGUCAAAGAGUACUUUAAAAUAUGA